AUGGCUGGCUGUCGCGCCUCCUGGAUCGCGACAGUUGCUGCCGUUGCUAUCAUGUUGCUUUUAGGCGCUGUGAAUGCCGUUCCGACCCGUUACCCCAGCCUGAGAUGUUCGACGAAUGCGCCACCACGAAACAUCCUGAAGGCGAAUUCGGAAACUCUUCGGGUAGGCAAUCGGCCAUGGGGAAUAGCAUACCUGAACGAUGAUUAUGCCUUUGCAGUCGUGAAUUUCUCACUUGCCGUCAUUGACACCACCAAUUUCAAGCCGAAACUCAGGGUUCUCAUCCCGUUGCCACCGCUUUUUGCUCCGGGUACCGACAUGGGCAACGAUGACCCGAUGUCUGAUGGCUACGGAUACCGCGAACUUACCUUCUCGCACGACAAAUACAAUUUAUACAUCGCCACUGGAUACGGAGCGGUCAUCAUCGACACUGUCAGAGCGAUUCAAGCGAGGACAAAUGCAGUUGUAGGGACUCUCAGUUCAAACGGGUACGCCGGAAGGAGUGCUAUCGAGUUAUCUGUCACACCUGAUGAUAAGUACAUAUUCAUCAGCCAGGAGUUUGGAAGCGACAACACGGAGGGUCGCGGGGCUAUUGAGGUCUUCAAUGUAACUCGAUUGGAUGACGGAACUGUCAUUAGUUCCUAUAGAGGCUAUGUCCCACUAGCGUACGCCACAGUUGGGCAGAAGUUCUCGAGUGACUAUACAAAACUCUUUGUUGUCAGCGAGAUAGACAACACGACAGCGUCUGUCAACGAUACGGCCGGCGUAUUAAGCGUCCUGGACGUCGCCAAAUUGAGGCGCACUCCUAAGCAAGCGUUGAUUGCCGAGAUUGCUACAGGCUGUCGCCCUUCUCGUUGUGACAUGGCGGACGGGAAGCACCUUUGGGUAACGGAGCGAGACGCAAACCAGGUAUCAGUUUUCGACGCAGAAAAGCUUAUGGGUAACAGGACAAACGCGACAGACGUGCUAGUGGCUACGGUAAAUACGGGGACGUCUCCUAUUGGCAUUGCGGUGGCUGGAGGCUAUAUCCUGACCGCGGAUUCUAACCGAUUUAACUAUACCAAUGCAACCACUGGGGUCACAGUCGUGAACACUGCAACGGCUUUGUUGGGUGAGGUGGACUUUCCGCAAAUACCUACAGGGGAGUUCCCGCGGUCCCUCGCCGUGAGCCCUAGUGGCAAUACGCUCCUCGUAUCAGAGUUUGGGGCGGGGAAUAUACGCGCGGUGGAUAUCAGUUUUCUCAAAAAGCUAUAA